CAGGGAAAUUUUUUCUGUUAUUAUGUGCAACUGGCCCCGUUUUCAGGGCCCGAGUGUAAAGCGGUUGUUUUUUCGCGUGAAAAAAUCGAAGCCAUGGAUAACAGAUUUGACGAUGAACUUCAGCGUCACUGUCAUGCGGACAUUGACAAAUAUUGUCACGCGGAGGAGGGCGAAAGGGUUUUGGAGUGCUUGAAGAAUAUGAAAAUUUUACGCUCCUUGUCACCAAAAUGCCAGAAAGUAAGUGCCUUUGAUGAAAUUGUGUUGGAACGUAUGCGUGAACAAGCAAAAGAUGUGCGUUUGAACGUGGGCCUCCUGCAAGCAUGCCGAGAAGAAGCCGAGAAGUAUUGUCCCGAUGAUUAUAAGAAAAUAAACGAUCCACAGUACGCGAAGAAAACACUGGAAGGGGUUUUUGUUGUAUGUCUGCGCACACAGUACGCCAAUCCUCGGAAAUCGAUUCAUCUGAAAUCGAGCUGCAAAGACGAGAUUUCGAAAGUUAUUUUGGAGAGCGAAUUCGAUAUUCAUUUGGAUCCAGUUCUGUACAGAGCCUGUAGGAGUACAAUCACAAAACACUGCGCGAAUAGCGUCAUAACACGUGGUGGAACGUUUGAAUCUGUCCUGGAGUGCCUAAAAUCCGAUUUUUUGCAUGGUGCGAUUGCCGACACCGAUUGCUCUCGACAGAUUUCGCGGCGCCUGCAAGAGUCGCUAGUGGAUAUCCAUCUCGAUCCUGUACUCCAUGAAGCCUGUGCGAAUGACGUCCAGCGGCUGUGUCAUAAUGUACCGCCUGGGCAGAGUCGAUUGAUCAUAUGUCUGCUGGAUGCGAUGAAGAGCAGUAGCAUUGUGCUUACGCCAAAUUGCAAGGAGAAACUCACCGAGCGAAAUAACCUGUGGAAUAAAGCGCAUCAGGUCUGCAUUAAUUCCAUUUGUUGA